GAAAGCAGCACACGGCCUACUCACCCAGCCAUAAGCGUCCGCCCGCGCCCUCCGGGAGCCACCGGAAGUCCCUGUCUCACUUCCGGUCCAAGGUCCGCCCCCUAGAGCCCCGGAAGCUGCAUGCGGAGUCCCAGGGAGCCAUGAGCACCUCCAGGCUCUACACCUUGGUGCUGGUGCUACAGCCUCAGCGCGUGCUACUGGGCAUGAAGAAGCGGGGCUUUGGGGCUGGCCGCUGGAAUGGCUUCGGGGGCAAGGUGCAAGAAGGAGAGACCAUUGCAGAUGGGGCCAAGAGGGAGCUGCAGGAGGAGAGUGGCCUUACAGUAGACACACUGCAGAAAGUGGGCCACAUCACAUUCGAGUUUGUGGGUGUCCCUGAGCUGAUGGACGUGCACAUCUUUAGUACUGACCACGUGCAGGGGACGCCCAUGGAGAGUGAUGAAAUGCGCCCUCAAUGGUUCCAGCUGGACCAGAUCCCCUUUGGUGACAUGUGGCCCGAUGACAGCUACUGGUUCCCACUCCUACUUCAGAAAAAGAAGUUCCAAGGGUACUUUAAGUUCCAGGACCAGGACACCAUCUUGGACUACUCGCUGCGUGAGGUGGACGACAUCUAGCUUGAGCCACUGGUCCCAGCUGGGUCUGGCUGCUGGACAGACACAGACUCAGUCCAGCUGGGCUCAGAAUGCCACAGUCGGCUGUAUCUUCUCUUUUGGAAGAUAACUGGACAGAGGAAAAUAAAGGGCUUCACUUUUUUAAA